AUGAUGUAACAUGUUCUCAAUCACAUCGUCUGAGUGCGAGGAUGCGAGUGAGGUCGCUUUAAGGAAUAUCUGUGCUGCCAUCGGUCCCGAACAGCAGUAAGCCGACUCCCUCCCACCACUAACUCUCUGUCACUCUCUGCCAUCGUGGCUCACCUGGCGCAAAAGCAAAUGCGACUCCAAGUCAACACGAGAGGCUCCAUCUCGAAAAUGAAGACUACUGCACAGAGAAAAAUAAUGAAACUCUUGAAAGAUUGCCAACAUCAUUCGUAAAAUAAUUACAAAAUAGUUGACCCAACAACCCCUGUGCAUUUCAAGUGAGCCCAACAUAAUGGAGCAACAGCCCAACAGCAACUACAAUCAAGCCUCGUGGAAAGAGAUUCCGUGGAAUUUCACUGAGGAUUGCUCGCUCUCGUUGAGCGGCACCACCUUCCUCAUUAUAGCGUACAGCGCUGUUCUGGCGGUGGGUCUCGUCGGGAACUCGUGCCUGGUGUUUGUUAUCAUCAGGCACAAGGAGAUGCGCAAUGUCACCAACAUCCUCAUCGCCAAUCUGUCCGUCUCCGACAUCCUGAUGUGCGUCGUGUGCCUGCCGGUCACUAUCAUCUACACGCUGAUGGACCGCUGGAUCCUCGGAGAGACUCUGUGCAAGCUCACACCCUUCAUCCAGUGUAUAUCAGUCACUGUGUCCAUCUUCUCCCUAGUCCUCAUCGCCAUGGAGCGCUACCAGCUCAUUGUCCACCCCACUGGAUGGAAGCCGAUGGCAAGGCAGUCCUACUUAGCGGUGGCUCUCACCUGGAUCACAGGCUGUUUAAUCUCUGUGCCUUUCGUCAAGUACAGCAUCCUUACAUUGCCUUUCCAGAACCUCACCGUCCCCUUCCCGAUCAACGACCAACUUGUUUGUAUGGAGCGCUGGCCGUCGGUUCAAGCACGCCAGGCGUACACCACCUCUUUGCUCAUCUUCCAGUACUUCCUCCCCCUUUCCCUCAUCAUGCUAUGCUAUCUCCACAUCUAUCUGCGGCUGCGGAGGAGGAAGGACAUGGUGGAACGUGGCAGAAACACUACGCAAAAGAAUAAAAAAGGCGCCACAAGGAUCAACGUCUUAUUAACCGCCAUAGUGGUGGCCUUCGCUCUCUCCUGGCUCCCUCUCAACAUCUUCAACACAGUGUUUGACUGGAACCACGAGGACAUCCCAUCCUGUGGCCACGACAUCAUCUUCUCCUUCUGCCACCUCAUCGCUAUGGCCUCCACCUGUAUCAACCCAGUCAUCUACGGGUUCCUCAACAACAACUUCCAGAAGCAGCUCAAGUCCACCCUGUUGCACUGUCGCUGCUGGGGUGUUGCAGAGAGGUAUGAGAGUGUGCCGCUCUCCACUGUUAGCACAGAGGUUACCAAGGGGUCAGUCCUCAGCAAUGGUUCCAACAGCAUCAAUAUUUAAAGCGAAGCCUUUUGGUGAAAAACAAAGCAACUAGACCGGCUCCCUCCUCAGCUCCCUUUGCUUUAUUCUUUUGAGGCGUUUUUUUCUUCUUCUUUUCACUUUCACUGCAAAAGCAUGGUUGACAUUUGCAGAGAAUGUGACCAUAACUGUCCAGAGGGAAGUAAAGUCACCUCCCCGGCAUGACUGGUGCCCUCUAAUUGUUAUGGUUCCAGCCUAAAAGGAAGUGACAAAAUGACAGGACAAAGGUUGAAGAUGCUUUAAGUAAUAAAGGAUGACUGCAAGACACACUUCACAUAAAACUUUGUGCAUCUGCACUCUGUACAGUGCUGUGGGACCAUAGGAUAUUUAUUAGAAGCAUCUAGAAAAAAAGGAUACACCUUAGACAGUAUCUUUUCAUGCUGAACUCAUUGUAUUUAAAUAUUUGCAGCUUGCUUUGCAAACUGUAAUUCGGUGUAAUGGAAACUUCAAACGAAGUGACAAGGACAAGGUGGGUAUAUUGCAAAUGCUGACAGUAUUGAUGACUAUGAAAUAGAGUGUGACGCGGUAUGUGUUAAUGAUUAUUGACGGAGUAGCCUAUUACACAGUUGGAGGGGGGGGGGGGGGGGUAUUAUGAUGUGGUUCUGGGCGUUUAUGUGCAUUAUCUUAUCUUGUGUUUCUUAUUACCUAAACUCACAAACAAUGUAAUAAACCUUGUGAGCAGACACAUUCCAUGUUGUCCACCAGGGUGUUUGCAUCAAUAUAUCGUAUGCAAGUGGGGUUAGGAUUGCUAAUACACUGUGCCAUGCAACAAUAUAUCAAGUGCUGUAAAAAAAAAAAAAAAGUCAAAUGGGCAGUUCAGGCCAAAGUAUAAUUUCUAAAAUGUAUAUAACCCUACUUUAUGAAUGUAUGGCCUAUAAAAUAUGUGACCGUUCCAGUUUAUUGUGUAGUUGGCAAUAAAAAGCUUUAUGUAGCAUAGCAGGAAACAUGUUACUUUUUGUUUGUGAAUUAAAUUAAAACAUUUAUCGUUA